AUCAAAACAGCUACCACGAAGAUGAACAGACCACUGCUCCUCCUGGCUGCUCUGACUUUCUGCUGCUUUCUGCAUGGUUUUCACAUCAAUGCGUGCCGCUGCAAAUCGACGACCCUGAGACAGGUUCCUCCUCAGAUGGUCAGGAAGAUUGAGGUGACUCCUCUUUCGGGACACUGCCGCCGGACUGAAAUCAUAAUCACCACGAGGACUGGCAAUAAGAUUUGUAUCAAUCCAGAGGCCAAGUGGUUCCCAGGCCUGCUCAACACUCUGCAAAAGAAACAGGCCUCCUCAACCUUUCAGCCACCCACUGCUUCCACACCCAACUUCUGAUCACAUGUUCAGAUGCCUUUCAUCAAGCUGUGAAUCACCUGGGAAAAAAUGACCCACCUUCCUUUUUGUUAUUGUAUUCAGCUCUUUGCAGUUUUUCUCUGGUGUUCUAAAACAAACCUGAAUGUGAUGUUACGCCUGCAAUUCUGAUAGCAUUCAUAAAUGCAUUUAA